AUGACCCUCUCCCUUCCCCCCAACAUCCACCUCCAACCCUCCUCCUCCUCCUCCUCCUCCUCCUCCUCCUCCUCCUCCUCCUCCCUCCUCACCAAACUACGCACCCGCCCCCUCCCACCCCGCAAAGUCCGCUCUCUCGUCCACGACCUCACCGCCUCCCUCACAAAAGCCACGACCAUCGACGCGACGCCAACCGAAACCAUCGCCGUGAUCGUGGUCCUGCGCUCCGGCCUAGCCAUGUUCGACGGCUUCAUGGACAACAUCCCCACGGAUAUCUCCACGGCCGUCUACCACAUGGGCAUCUUCCGCGACGAGCAGUCGCUGCAGCCCGUCGAGUACUACAAUAAGCUUCCUGUCAAGCCGGAGCAUAUCACACAGGCUGUUGUGUUGGAUCCGUUGAUUGCGACGGGGGGGACUGCCGCGGCGGUGGUGGGAAUUUUGCAGGAGUGGGGGGUUGAGAAAGUGACGUUUCUGUCGAUCUUGUCGACUCCGGUUGGGUUGCAGCAUGCGGCGUCGGUGUGGCCGGAGGGGAGUCGGUUUGUGGUUGCGGCGGUGGAUCCGGAGGUCGAUGCGAAGGGGUAUAUCCAGCCUGGGGUGGGGGAUAUUGGGGAUAGGCUGUAUGGGACGGCGUUUGAUUAG